AUGGAGGAAAAGACGACGUCGCGACGGUUGACCAAGAGAGACCGCCAUCCUCCAAUCGCAUACUUGAACAAGUCGUCCAACACACACACCAAUACGCUGAAGCGCGCCCCGAGUGCGGCCUCCUACUUUGCCCAUUCCAGCCUUGGCGCAGCACUCCCCACUGUGACGACUGGCACUGGGACGGCUACUGCUGGUGCUGCUGCAUCGUCGCUCUCGCCUGCCACGACACCGGGUAGUGCUCCUCUUCGCCGCAGCCCGUCUUUGACGCCCGUCCACGAGCACCACAAUCACAACGCCUACAACGCCCACCACAGCUACAACGCCUACCACUCUGCGAAUGUAGAAGCCGCGACCCAGCACCAGCUUCCGCCCUCGGUUGCGCACCUGCCUCCCGCCGCCGUCGGCCAGCCCUUCAACUCGAUAGUCGAGGACGCCCUCAACGCCUCCAACAGCAGCGGUCCACGUAGGCCUGCGGGCCCACAGCACUCGCAGACGGACCAGCCCUCGCGCUACCUGCGUCCCUCGCGCUCCUUCAACACCAACAUGGACACGACGACCCCGCCCUCGACCGGCACCCCCAAGACGAACCGCUACAGCGAUGGCAGCGGCGAGGGCGCAAAGAAGCGCCUCUCGGGCGGCGCGAAGAAGAAGGGCACCUUUUCCACCUUUAUGAGCAGCAUGCUGGGCUCUCCGCGCCGGCCCACCAUCUCGACGCCCACGAACCCCAUGCAUGUCACCCACGUCAGCAUCGACAACCAGACGGGCGAGUACACGGGCCUUCCCAAGGAAUGGCAGCGCAUGCUGCAGCAGAAUGGCAUCUCCCAGGAGGAGCAGAAGCAGCACCCCCAGGCCGUCAUGGACGUCGUCAACUUCUACAAGGACAAUGCCGAGAAGAGCGAGGACGAUGCCAUCUGGGACAAGAUGGGUCCCGCGCAGCCUCAAGGGUACGCCUACCAGGCCAACAUCGCGCCUAACAACAACUAUGGGUCAGUACAGCCCCUCCUCAGUCCCCCGCAAAGCCCUCGAUUCCCACGGAACGACCAGUCCAGCUUUGAGAAUCCAAGAGCCCCCCCGCCAAUUCCUCGCAGUGUUACGUCGCCGACUCCCAUGUCGCCCCCCCUCAAUGUCGCCCAAAUGGUACCGAGCCGCCCAGCCCCCAGGCCUCCAGUGUCCGCCGCACCCUCUGUCGCCGCCGUCCCGACCAGACCUGCGCCCCAGGCCCCGAGUCCCAUCAUCACGCAACAACAGCCGCCUCGCCAUGAAAACGACUAUCCGCAGGUCGCCUAUGCCCCUCCGACUUUUACAGAAAGCCCGGGUGCGUCGUCCGCACCCCGUAGCCGCGCGAAUACUACGGGAGGGACUCCCCCACGUUUUGACUCGCCGGCUAGCGCUGGGCCCAUCUCCCCUGCGCAACAGUACCAACAGCAGCAGCAACAAGCCAUGGCCAUGGCAGCUGCCAUCCAGCAGCCAAAAGCCCCCAUGAGCAGGAGCGCCAGCCAAAGGGCCCCACAACCCGCACAUCCCCCACCGCAGCCGACGCCUCAACAGGUUUUUGCCCAGCAGUCCGACCCCCAGAACAUCCCAUUACCGUCCCAACAAGCUCGAGUUGGCCCGGCCCCACGACCGCGCCAAAGACCUCGCCAAAGCCAAGGGCCAGAUAUCGUUGCCAAGCUCAAUGCCAUCUGUACCCAGGCCGACCCCAGAGAGAGAUAUCGCAAUCUCAGCAAGAUUGGCCAGGGUGCCUCUGGUGGUGUUUUCAUGGCCUAUGAAGUCAACACGAACAAAUGCGUGGCCAUCAAGCAGAUGAACCUCGAACAGCAGCCGAAGAAGGAUCUGAUCAUCAAUGAAAUCCUCGUCAUGAAAGAUAGCAAGCACAAGAAUAUCGUCAAUUUCAUGGACAGUUUCCUGCUGCGGGGUGAUCUCUGGGUGGUUAUGGAGUACAUGGAGGGCGGAAGUUUGACAGAUGUGGUUACUUUUAACAUCAUGUCAGAAGGUCAAAUAGCCGCCGUGUGCAGAGAAACACUCCACGGAUUGCAACAUUUGCAUUCAAAGGGUGUGAUCCACCGAGACAUCAAGUCGGAUAACAUUUUGCUGUCCCAAGAAGGCAACAUUAAACUCACCGAUUUUGGUUUCUGUGCACAGAUCAACGAAAGCCAUAACAAGCGCACGACCAUGGUAGGCACCCCGUACUGGAUGGCUCCUGAGGUUGUUACCCGGAAGGAAUACGGCCGAAAGGUGGACAUUUGGUCAUUGGGCAUCAUGUCGAUUGAAAUGAUCGAGGGAGAGCCACCUUAUCUGAACGAGAGCCCCCUACGCGCACUCUGGCUUAUUGCGACCAACGGCACGCCAACGAUCAAGGAAGAGCAUGCAUUGACACCCGUAUUCCGCGACUUCUUGGCCUUUUCGCUCAAGGUUGACCCCGACAAGCGAGCUAGCGCUCACGACCUCCUUGUUCAUCCCUUUAUCCAAACUGCUGAACCGCUGGGCACAUUAGCACCAUUGGUGCAGGCCGCGAGGAAGGCAAGGGCGGAAGAAAGGCGGAAGAAGGGUGGUCUGUGAAGAUUUUCAAUUCGUUAUGACUCUCUUAACACCGGAACGUAGGCACGGGCGUUACGCAUACCGAAAAGCACGAUUCGUCGAACACGAGGACGGAUUCGUUUGUGGAUUGGUAUGGCAAAACGACGGAAUUAUAAGGUGGUUCAAUGGCGCGAGUGACUCAUGGACGCAUGUGGUGGCAUUCCCCGAUUACGUACCCAUUCGAGUGGCGAUUAUCGAAGCGACGAGCCUUGACGAGUCGCGGCAGCACCACCCCCAACUCGGCAGUCAGUAUGCAAAGGUCGAAGCCUCAUACUGCUGUGAUUCGUAUACGAGCAUUGUCGAGCGAAUUAGCAAGCGUGUACCACACUGUUCAAACAGCUCCUUCCAGCGAGCAUAGCAUGUUUUGUUUUGAAAGAGCGUAUGUCAUGUUGGCGUACAUGAUGACGCCGAGAUACCGGUUUCUUUUAGAUUACAACGGGACGGGCCCCUAUACACCAUUUGCAAUUUUUAGUGUUUAAACAACGUGGGAUGGACUACAGUAUUAUCUUCAGGUGGCAUCCUCGGCAUAUGGAAAGGUCGAAUAAAAUCUACAACAUCUGUAA